AUGGACUAUAAUCUACACAAAAUAUGUCGCAUUUGCCUCAAGGAAGGUGUUCCAUGCACCUCAAUUUAUAGCACCGAAUUUAGUAUGAUGCCCUCCAGUAUGAUGAUGAUGUGUGCCAAGAUACGGGUCUACAAGAAGGAUGGCUUGCCGGAGGUGAUAUGCAACAAUUGCAUCUAUCGUCUGGGGGUGGCCUACCAUUUCAAACAGGAAUGUGAAAAUUCCGAUAUUCGAUUGAGGCAAUAUUUGGGUUUGCCCGAUCGAUAUGGGGUAUGUGAUGCAGAGACAAAUACUGAAACGAAUUGGCCUUCUUUGGAGGCGAAUAACAAGGUGCAGGGUGGCUAUACAACGGGCAAUUCAACGGAUUCUGAGGAGGAUGAGGAAGAAGAUGAACGGAAAAGUCCCAAGAAAAAGAGUAAACGACGUUCCCGCUAUCAACGUAAACCACCCGAGGAGCACAAGAAACGUGGACCAAAACCCCUACCCAAAUUACCGCACACCUGCUAUGAAUGCAAUAAAACCUUUCGAUGUGCCGCCCAACUGCAGACCCACAUUCGAACACACACCGGUGAGAAACCCUUCGGCUGUGCCUAUUGUCCACGACGUUUUGUCCAAAAAUACAAUUUACACAUACACGAACGUACCCACACUGGCUACAAACCAUUUCAAUGUGAAAUUUGUUCGAAACAAUUUUCCGCACUGGGUAAUUUUCAGGCCCACAUGAAGAUACACAGUGGUGUACGGGAUCAACAUUGCCCGGUGUGUCAGAAAUCCUUCUACACAGCCGGAGAUUUAUCGAAACAUAUGCUCACCCAUACGGGUAUUAAAAAUCAUCAUUGUGAUGUUUGCGGCAAGGCAUUUAGUCGUCAUCGCGAUAUGCAGGCCCACAAAAGGAAACUGCAUCAAAUGGCGAACAUGAAUAAACGUAGCGAUGAUGAAGAUGAGGAAAUUGUUGUUAAUUUACCAAUGGUGGGUGGUGGCCAUCAUGGACAUGGCCAAACGGAAGCGGCAACAAUGGUUUCAACGCCAUUGACGGCAGCUGCUCCACCACCACUACCACAACCAAUGGCUCCACAUCCAUCACAUAUGGCAAUGGCACCACCACAUCAUCCUCAUCCCCACUAUCAUAAUCACAUGACAGCGGCGGCGCCAAAUCCAUUGGCAGCGCCUCCACCACCUCCACCCCAUCCCCAUCAUGAAAGUUUACACAUGCAUCAUUUGGGUUUGCAGGCAAAUCCUGGUGGCGGUAUGACCAUGGCUGCACACAUAAUGGGACCGCCACCAACACAUGCUGGCGGUCCGCCACAUACGUUGUCAGCAACGGGACCUCAAGCCUUAUCCUCAAUGAUGCACCAUACAGCAGCAGCAGCAGCGGGACCACCACCACAACGAUUACAUCCGUAUUAG